CCUUCGGAGAUGAUUGUGCUAUUCGCCUUCGCCUGCCUCUGCAUGGUGGAGGGAGCCCUGGGCCAGCUUCACUACGCGGUGCAGGAGGAGCAGGAGCAUGGCACUUUCGUGGGGAAUAUCGCCGAGGAUCUGGGCCUGGACAUCACCAAACUUUCGGCUCGCCGCUUCCAGACGGUGCCCAACUCGCGGACCCCGUACCUGGACCUCAACCUGGAGACCGGGGUGCUGUACGUGAACGAGAAGAUCGACCGCGAGCAGAUCUGCAAGCAGAGCCCGUCGUGCGUGCUGCACCUGGAGGUGUUCCUGGAGGACCCGCUCGAGCUGUUCCGCGUGGAGGUCGAGGUGCUGGACAUCAACGACAACCCGCCCGCCUUCCCGGAGCCCGACCUGACGCUGGAGAUCUCGGAGAGCGCCACGCCGGGCACCCGCUUCCCGCUGGAGAGCGCCUUCGACCCGGACGUGGGCUCCAACUCGCUGCGCGACUACCAGAUGACGCCCAACAGCUAUUUCUCGCUGGACGUGCAGACGCAGGGCGACGGCAACCGCUUCGCCGAGCUGGUGCUGGAGAAGCCGCUGGACCGCGAGCAGCAGGCGGUGCACCGCUACGUGCUGACCGCGGUGGACGGGGGCGGCGGCGGCGGCGGCGGCGGCGGCACGGGGGGCGGCGCGGGGGGCGCGGACGGCGGCGCGGGGGCGGCGGAGGGCGCGGGGCCGCCCCCCCCGCAGCAGCAGCAGCAGCAGCAGCAGCAGCAGCAGCAGCAGCUGCAGCGCACCGGCACGGCCCUGCUCACCAUCCGCGUGCUCGACUCCAACGACAACGUGCCCGCCUUCGCACAGCCCGUGUACACCGUGGCGCUGCCCGAGAACUCGCCGCCCGGCACGCUGGUGCUGCAGCUCAACGCCAGCGACCCGGACGAGGGCGCCAACGGCGAGGUGGUGUACUCGUUCAGCAGCCACAUCUCGCCGCGGGCGCGGGAGCUGUUCGGGCUGGCGCCGCGCACCGGCCGCCUGGAGGUGAGCGGCGAGCUGGACUACGAGGAGAGCCCGGUGCAGCAGGUGUACGUGCAGGCCAAGGACCUGGGCCCCAACGCCGUGCCGGCGCACUGCAAGGUGCUGGUGCGCGUGCUGGACGCCAACGACAACGCGCCCGAGAUCAGCUUCAGCACCGUCCAGGAGGAGGUGAGCGAGGGCGCGGCGCCCGGCACGGUGGUGGCGCUGUUCAGCGUGGCCGAUCGCGACGCGGACGCCAACGGGCAGGUGCGCUGCGAGCUGCUGGGCGACGUGCCCUUCCGCCUCAAGUCCUCCUUCAAGAACUACUUCACCAUCGUCACCGGGGCGCCGCUGGACCGCGAGGCGGGCGCGGCCUACACGCUCACCGUGGUGGCGCGGGACGGCGGCGAGCCGCCGCUGGCCAGCAGCAAGUCCAUCCAGGUGCGCGUGGCCGACGUGAACGACAACGCGCCGCGCUUCAGCCAGCCGCUCUACGACGUGUACGUGACCGAGAACAACGUGCCGGGCGCCUACAUCUACGCCGUGAGCGCCAGCGACCGCGACGAGGGCGCCAACGCGCAGCUGGCCUACUCCAUCCUGGAGCGCCGCAUCCAGGGCAUGAGCGUGUUCACCUACGUGUCCAUCAACGCCGAGAACGGCUACCUGUACGCGCUGCGCUCCUUCGACUACGAGCAGCUCAAGGACUUCAGCUUCCAGGUGGAGGCGCGCGACGCGGGCAGCCCGCAGGCGCUGGCGGGCAACGCCACGGUGCACAUCCUGGUGGUGGACCAGAACGACAACGCGCCCGCGCUCGUGGCGCCCCUGCCCGGCCGCAACGGCACCCCGGCGCGGGAGGCGCUGCCGCGCGGGGCCGAGCCGGGCUACCUGCUGACGCGCGUGGCGGCCGUGGACGCGGACGACGGCGACAACGCGCGCCUCACCUACAGCCUGCUGCGCGGCAACGAGCUGCACCUGUUCCGCCUGGACUGGCGCUCGGGGGAGCUGCGCACCGCGCGCCGCGUGCCGGCCCAGCGCGACCCCCGGCGGCCCUACGAGCUGGUGCUGGAGGUGCGCGACCACGGCCAGCCGCCGCUGUCGUCCACGGCCACGCUGCUGGUGCAGCUGGUGGACGGCGCGGCCGAGCCGGCGGCGGGGGGCGCGGGCGGCGGCGGCGGCGGAGGAGGCGGAGGCGGCGGCGGCGGAGGAGGCGGCGGCGGGGGCCCCGGCGAGCAGCUGCGGCCCAGCCGCGCGGGGGGCGCGGGCCGCGGCGCGGGCGGCGGGGACGCGGCGCUGGACCUCACGCUCAUCCUCAUCAUCGCGCUGGGCUCCGUGUCGUUCGUCUUCCUGCUGGCCAUGAUCGUGCUGGCCGUGCGCUGCCGCAAGGACAAGAAGCUGAGCGUGUACGCGUGCCUGGCGGCCGACUGCUGCGGCGGCUGCUGCUGCUGCUGCGGGGGCGCGGGGGGCGCGGCGUGCUGCGGCCGCCAGGCGCGGGGCCGCCAGAAGAAGCUGAGCAAGGCGGACAUCAUGCUGGUGCAGAGCGCCGCCGCCGCCGCCGCCGCCGCGCCCGGGACCCCCGCGCAGGUGCCGGUGGAGGAGCCGGGCGCCUUCGGCUCGCACCACCACAGCCAGAACUACUGCUACCAGGUCUGCCUGACCCCCGAGUCGGCCAAGACCGACCUGAUGUUCCUCAAACCCUGCAGCCCCUCGCGGAGCGCCGACGCCGAGCACACCCCCUGCGGGGCCAUCGUCACCGCCUACGCCGACCCGCAGCCCGACAUCCUGUCCAACGGCGGCAUCCUGUCCUCCGAGACUAAACACCAGCGAGCAGAGCUCAGCUAUCUAGUUGACAGACCUCGCCGAGUUAACAGUUCUGCAUUCCAGGAAGCCGACAUCGUCAGCUCCAAGGACAGUGGUCAUGGGGACAGUGAGCAGGGGGACAGUGAUCACGAUGCCACCAACCGUGGCCAGUCUGCUGGCAUGGACCUCUUCUCCAACUGCACCGAGGAGUGCAAGGCGCUGGGCCACUCGGACCGCUGCUGGAUGCCCUCCUUCAUGCCCGCCGACGGGCGCCAGGCGGCCGACUACCGCAGCAACCUGCACGUGCCCGGCAUGGACUCUGUGCCCGACACCGAGGUGUUCGAAGCCCCGGAGGCGCAGCCGGGGCCUGAGCGUUCCUUCUCCACCUUCGGCAAAGAGAAGGCCCUGCACAGCACCCUGGAGAGGAAAGAGCUGGACGGGCUGCUGUCCAGUACCCGAGCGCCUUACAAACCGCCCUAUUUGACACGGAAAAGGAUAUGCUAGUCAAUUCUACAGGACUUUCCUGAAGCAGCAUGAUUUGCACAAAGUCGACCAACAAAAGCAUCAACUUUUCAACUUCAUUAUCUUGGCCAUCCAGUUAGUUACGUGUAACUUGAGUCUUACAUUGCCGGCGGGAUCAGCGUGGCCAAUUAUAGGACCUAAUUGCUCUCAGCAGGCCUGAGAAAUGAGUUGAAAUGUGCAGAACUGUAGAAACUCUAGAGGCGACCGAUUUUGCCUCUGCGAUCAGCGUGUGCCUGUUUACAGCACUACAUUAUCUUUCUCUCUCCAAACGUCACUGAGCCCUUUAGAUGUCUGUAUUCACCACGAGAAGCCAGUCAUAAGAUAAAGGAAAUUUGUGCAUUCUAAAUACAAUUUCACUGUUUUAAACUUGACUGUUUUAUAUUAUUUUUGUGUGAUCAAGUGUUACCCAAACUAUUCCAAUUUUACAAGAGAGAUUGUGAUUAUGUUCUUUUCACCUGUGGGAUAUAUAUGUGUGUGUGUGUAUAUGUAUGUAUUUGUAGAUAAAUACAUACAUAUACACACACAUAUAUAGUUGUAUUCUGAAGACCCACAUGAUAUCAUUCUGUAGUUUAUACACCGUGUUGCAAAGUGUUUACUGUACUAUUUCAAAGCUUCUAAAUAAAUAUAAAACUAUAUAUUAUAUUAUAUUAUAUAAUUUUCCUAAAAUGUGGUAUCUAACUCAGUUGGUUUUUCAAUGGACUCAUGUAGUGCACAUCAUACAAUGUAGUAAAAGGUAUUCAGGGUCCCAAAGAUUAACUUAUGGAGAAAAAGAUUACCAUGACUAGUUUCUUCCAGUUUUCAUAACCUAGCCAAUCCUGUUUUUCCUUGUUUAAAAGAAAAAGAAAGAAAAAAAAAAACUCUUAAGCUACAAAAUCUUGUCAAGAAUGCAUACUGAAUUUUCAAUGCCAAAGACAGAGCUGUCAGUUUUACCAGAAGAACACAGAAUAUGUACUAUCAAAAAAAAAAAACAUCUUGCAAUCUAUAGUAUUUCAAUUCUUUCUAUAGCUUUGAAUUGAGAAUCAUCUGAAGCUUUUAUAAAGAAUAUAUAAAUUUGCCUGUAUUUGUUGUUGAGAAAAAAAAAAACACUGGUGUCUGUACAUUUUUGUGGUGUAAAAUAUGUAACUGAAGAUGACUAUUUUAAGAAGUCCUCAAUCAUAGAAUUCACACAGAAUUUUAUUUUACAUAGUUUUACAUAGUUUUGUGACUCUUAAUAACACAUGAAUAUAUAGUCUAUUUAUAAUUAUAUCAAAUUAUGGAGAUAUAUAAAUCUCUGUACUGAUAAAGAAUAACUAUAAAACAUGUCUCUAAAUUUAAAAUAAAUUUGGAGAUAGAAAAGUGGUAUAUCAUUGUUUCAGUACUAUUUUAUUGUUCAACUUUAUAGCUUAAAUAUAGUCAGUGUUUUGUUUAUGAGAACAUUCUUGAGUCAGCCUUGAAAAGCAAAACCUGCCACUUACUUUUAUGUCAACAAAGUUAAUUAUUAAAUUCAGUAAGAUACAUUUUUCUCUCUUUCAUAUAUUUGUUACUGUUGUUGAUUUCUUACUGAAAGAGAACUAAGAGAGGGGGGAAAUCAGAGAACCUUAGUCUUCUAAGCAAAAAACAGAAUUAUCACAGCUCCUCUCUAAAAAGCCUUCAGUGUGAUGUCUAAGGACUCGUCCAAUCUGUAUUACAGAUCUAAUUUUUGAAAUAUCUUCCUGAACUAUUAACUGAUCUCAUGUGCAAUGAUAGAAUGAGUGAUGCUAUGUUAUUAAAUAAGGAACUAAAUCUUAACACGGCA